AUGAGCGGUAUUAGUGACGUAGAAAGGCAACAAUAUUUUCAGGUUUUUUCUAACCUUGGACCUUCACCUAAUGGCUAUCUUUCAGGCAAUCAGGCAAUGAAUUGGCUUUUGAAUUCGAAACUUCCAGUAACAUGGCUUGAAAGAAUAUGGGAUCUUUGUGAUAUUGAUAAAGAUGGUCAACUCGACUUUGAUGAGUUCUCGGUAACCUGUAGACUUGUUAAUGAUCUUUUAGCUCGUGUAUAUCCGGAUGUACCUUCUUCACUCCCAUCUCACUUGAUCCCUCCUGGCAAGGCACAUCUGCUUGUAGGGAAUAAUCCUGGGUAUGUUGGCGGUGGUCCAUCGCUAGGAAUGAAUCCAGCCCUUUUUUCGCAACAAAUCAUUAGUCCUAUUCCACAGCCCGCCAACACAAUUUCUCAACUCAAUAUUUCAAAUACGAUUCCUUCCUAUCAAUUAUCACAACAAUUAUCACGAGUUCCUACACCUCCUCGCCAGAAUAGUUACAGUGGUGGUUUUCCCACUGCUCCAUUGUCUGAUGAUUUUGAUUGGUAUAUGCCACCCGCUGAUAAGUUUAAUUACGAAAAUGAAUAUAAGAGGCAUGCUGGUCCUCACGGUUAUGUUAGGUUUGCUGACUUUGAUGAACUCUAUCAACGGCUUGGAAUACCAAGAGAAGAGUGUAUUGCAGCAUGGGGUCUCAUUGAUGUGAACUUUGAACAACGAGUAGGCAAAGACCAAUGUCUUGUAUUUCUUCAUACUUUAAAUCAACGAAGUAAAGGUAAACGAAUACCUGAUAGUUUACCGAACGCUUUGAAAACCUCACUUAUAAGAGGAAAACUUAAUUAUAAUUACAAUGAAACUGCUGAUCCAUCAUGGAAAUCAAAGUUAUCUGAUAGUGGUUCUGUAAAGUCAAGUGGUUAUAGUAGUGAAACUCAGUCGAGUUCUUUAAAAUGGGAGGAAGAUCGAUUGCAAAAGGAACUUGAUGAUUUAAAUGAAAAGAUUCAGAAAGCUGAAGCAACUGCAUUAUCUUCUUAUACAAGUGCACUUCAAUCAUCCGGAGGUUCAGGUGUUGUAACGGAAUUCAAACAAUUGUACGAAUAUAAGCAAAAAAAACAUGCCGAAUUGGCUGAAAAAGAACAAACGAAUAGAACACUCGAGGAAUAUGUUCGAAAAGAACGAAAUAAUGUGCGUGAACUACAAGAUAAUAUACAAUCUUUAAAAAGUAAAAUACAACUAUUAGAAAAUAAUUUAGAAUCAAGUCAAACCGAAUAUAAAAGGCUUCAACGGGAGUAG